AUGUCAUCUUCAGAACUCAACAGUGAGACGAUCAUUGAUGGCACUAAGGAUUCGAGUGAUGGUCAAAAAAGCACUACUUGCUCUAUAUCAUCUUUGCAGAAAACCAAACCAUGUACUCGAGGCUCAAAGAAUAUUUCGGCAAGCGAAUACGGUGGUCACAUGAAUACGCAUCAUAAUCAAUCAAGUUCACAACAAUCGACCACGCAUUACAAUCGUCAUAUAUGCUUCUCGUGCGCAUCACCAUUAUCUCCGGAUUCAACCUUGAGCCAUAUUAUGCCGUGUCAAUCUCAUCACAAGUUUUGUGUUAAUUGUAUUCAUAAUUUAAUGGCAGAACAUAUUAAACUAAAGACUGCUCCUUGUUGCUGUGUUAAUAUAUGCGAUCAGCAAUUGCCGAAAUACGAUGUUUCAUGUUUACCGCUGGAACCGGAUAUGAUUGCUCAUUUGCUGGAACUUGUUACUACAGAAGAAUGUCCUCAAUGUCCACAAUGUCUCUUUUAUAUCAAGUUUGAAACUUUGCGCAAAUUUGAAGGGCAUGUGACUUAUUGCAGACCAGACGACAUGGUUCCAUGUGAAUACUGUUGCUGUCUAUAUCGAUCUCGUCAAUUGGACGAACAUUCACGAUAUUGCCGUAAUAUAUCCGAACAACAACGACAACAAGCCUUUAUAGAUUUUAUUGUAUCAAAACUGAAAUACCCUUUUACACCAGCACAAGUUCGUCAUUACAUCGAACGAAAAAAUCGAAAUCGACAAGCACUUGAUCUCCAUAAAAUUGUUGAUGACUUAGCUAAUUUCGGCAGUACAUUCCCAUACAAAGUACCUACUUUUAACUGUGGUGUUUGCUUGGAAUCAUAUCCAUACCAAGAUAUUUUCGUUUUUGGUUGUAAGGACAGUCAUAAAUUGUGCUAUGGCUGCUUUGAAGAAUCAUGUACAGUGAAGAUGAAUAGUGGUGAAAUCCUCAAAUGUGCUUUAUGUGAUUAUCAAUUAGAACAUGGCGAAAUUAAUCAAUUGCGAGUGGCUCGCGAGCAGAAAAAGAAAUUUCAUGAACAUCAAAUAGAGAAGACAUUUAGUAAUUUUAUUAACAAUGCCCGUGGAAUUAUCAAAUGUCCGAAUCGAGAAUGUAAAUGGGUUGUAGAAGCCCGACAUCCAAAUGCACAAUUUCGAGUUGUAUGUCAUGCGUGUGCCAAUGAGUUCUGUUCGAUUUGUAAUCAACAAUAUCAUUAUCGAACGACUUGUCAGGAAGUAACGCAAACAACACAACAAUGGUUUGUUUGGUGUACUACAGAACGUGGCAACUAUUGGAGAGUUCGAGCACAACAGGAUGCUAGUUAUCGUGCUCAAUUGGAUGAUUAUGAAAGACAAAAAGUGGCGAAUAAUCGACGAAAUGAAGAAUUACGUCGUCGUUACAAUGAUUUGAAAGCUGAUGAAGAAUUCAAAGCACAGAAUUGUCGUCUUUGUCCACAUUGUAAACGUGUCGUACAACACAUGGGAGGAUGCAGUAGUAUGAUAUGUGGACAAAAUUUUCAUGGUGGCGAUCAACAAUCAGGAUGUGGCCAAACUUUUAAUUGGGAUAACGCUCAACGUUAUGUACCCAUUAUUAGUGCAGGUCCAGAACAAAAUAAAAAUGAUUUACCCCGUAUAGAGAAUAAGCAUAAAGUAGUUCAUGAAGGCAUUAGAUGUAAUGGUUGUCAUAAAGAUGUUGAAGGUAUUCGUUUCGAUUGUAUUCAUUGUCCCUCGCUAACUUAUUGUGAAAAGUGUGAACAACGGUGCACUUUGACGCAUUCAGAAGAACUUCGAAAACACAACCAACAACAACACGUAUUUCGGUUGAUAACGACACCAGAAAGGUAUCGUAGAAAACGACAAUGA